CGCACAGCAAAGCAUUAAUAGCAUCUCAUCGAAUCACAGCCGUUCACUGUGUGUCGCGGCACCCCGGCGGCAUCACAACGUGUUGCUCAUAAAAAUCACACGCAAUAAACGAUCAUCACCGUCCAUUUAGCAUACUCCAAGUCGCGAGCGACUAGGGAACUACAGAUACACCUUUCUUCGUUCUCUACCUUCUUAGUGCUUGUUGCCUAUCUCGAUUUGGCGUAAUCGCCGGUUUGAAAAACGCUAAUCUGCGACGCUUCUCGCUAAUGGCACCCAUUAGGGGCAUUUUUAAUUUGCAAAGAGCUGCUUUGAUUCGGCGUCAAAGUGAUAGGUUGGCUGUAGGUAUCAGAUCAUUCAGCACUGAAGCUACAAAAAGUGCUGGUAGUUCCCAGCCUCUCCCUCCUCCACCACCUCCGGAGAAAACCCAUUUUGGUGGCUUGAAAGAUGAGGACCGGAUUUUUACCAACUUGUAUGGGUUGCAUGACCCUUUUCUAAAAGGUGCUAUGAAACGGGGUGAUUGGUAUAGAACUAAGGACUUGGUGCUCAAGGGUGCUGAUUGGAUUGUUAAUGAAGUGAAGAAGUCUGGUCUUCGGGGACGUGGUGGUGCUGGUUUCCCCUCUGGUCUUAAAUGGUCGUUCAUGCCAAAAGUGUCUGAUGGUCGCCCCUCUUAUCUUGUUGUCAAUGCUGAUGAAAGUGAACCUGGAACUUGUAAAGAUAGGGAAAUUAUGAGGCAUGAUCCACAUAAGCUGUUAGAGGGCUGCUUAAUUGCUGGGGUGGGAAUGAGAGCAUCUGCCGCUUAUAUCUACAUUAGGGGUGAAUAUGUGAAUGAACGGAUAAACUUGGAAAGAGCUCGAAAAGAAGCUUAUGCAGCUGGAUUGUUAGGCAAGAAUGCAUGUGGAUCUGGCUAUGAUUUUGAUGUUCAUAUCCACUAUGGUGCCGGUGCUUAUAUAUGUGGUGAAGAGACUGCACUUUUAGAAAGUCUAGAAGGAAAACAAGGGAAACCAAGGCUGAAGCCUCCCUUCCCAGCUAAUGCAGGACUGUAUGGCUGUCCCACUACUGUUACGAAUGUGGAAACAGUGGCUGUUUCUCCCACUAUUUUGAGGCGUGGACCAGAGUGGUUUGCUAGUUUUGGCAGGAAGAACAAUUCUGGUACAAAAUUGUUUUGUGUGUCAGGUCAUGUGAAUAAGCCUUGCACAGUCGAAGAGGAGAUGAGUAUACCUCUAAAAGAGUUAAUAGAGAGGCACUGUGGAGGUGUUAGAGGUGGAUGGGACAAUCUACUUGCAGUAAUACCUGGGGGUUCUUCUGUCCCUUUGCUUCCCAAGCACAUAUGUGAUGAUGUGCUGAUGGAUUAUGAUGCACUCAAGGCUGUCACGUCAGGACUGGGGACUGCAGCUGUGAUCGUAAUGGAUAAAUCUACUGAUGUUGUGGAUGCAAUUGCAAGGUUGUCUUAUUUCUACAAGCAUGAGAGUUGUGGGCAGUGCACACCGUGCAGGGAGGGGACACCGUGGCUUUGGAUGAUCAUGGAAAGGUUGAAGGUCGGGAAUGCAAAGUUGGAAGAGAUAGAUAUGCUUCAAGAGGUCACAAAACAAAUCGAAGGGCACACUAUCUGUGCGCUGGGUGAUGCUGCAGCUUGGCCUGUGCAGGGUCUUAUAAGGCAUUUUAGGCCAGAACUUGAAAGAAGGAUUAAGGAGCGAGCGGAGAGGGAGUUGCUGGAAGCUGCUGCUUAAGGUUUCUUACAGGGAAAUGGAGACAUUGCUGAAUAAAUGAAGAAUUACUGUUUAGUUUGAUCAAUAGUUCACUCUGGCAUAUGGAGCUCUCUUGUUUGUUUUAAAGCUGUGUAUCAAAUAUGAACUAAUUUCACUGCUCCAGAGAAAUAAUGAUUUGUCUGGGAAGCGACAAUUUGCUGUUAGUUCAUGUGAUUUAACAAUCUUUCUAGACACAUUUUGAAGGAGGAGAAGAAACAUUGUUAAUAACAUCCCUAUUUUACUCUCUA